UUCAGACUCUUGACAAAAAAAACACACACACAAAGACAAGUUCCAUACACAGACUCGCUCAGUAUAAAUCCACCUGUUCACUCUCUCUGGCACACACUCCCUACUCUCUACGCUCUCCUCCCCAGUGAUUACCUGCACCCGUAACCAAACAAAUUGAAAAGAGGGAUUCUGGGCAAAAUGUCGUCAGAACACGGCGACCGACGACCGGCUAGUAGGAUCCAACAUGGUGGGAGCCAACAGCCGGAGCCGGAGCUGGCAUGCCCUCGAUGCGAGUCAAGGAACACAAAGUUCUGCUACUACAACAAUUACAACCUAUCUCAGCCCCGCCACUUCUGCAAGUCCUGCCGCCGCUACUGGACUCGCGGUGGCACCCUCCGCAAUAUUCCUGUCGGCGGCGCCACCCGCAGGAACCCCAACAAACGCUCUCGGACCACCACCACCACUCCACCUUCUUCUUCUUCUCCUUAUUCUUUAACCUACUGCGACCCGAACCCGGAACCCAUCAAAACCGACACGGCUUCUCUGCUGUUUGCCGAUGUGAACCUUCACGAGAACGUACCCGGAACCGAGAGUUUCAGUUCGUUGCUGAACCCGCCAGGAUCAGGGUCCGGGUUCUUCGCUUUGGAGAGGUUCGGGAUCGGGCUCGGGACCACCGGGUCUGGCUUUCGAGAAAUGGGGUUUGGGCUCGGUGACGACGGCGUUUGGCAUACGGAGGAGGAGGAGCAAGUUGGCGUUGGCGGUGGCGGUGGUGGUGGGAGUGUUGUUUCUUCUGAUGGUUGCAACAUGUGGCAGAUAGGGCGUGUUGGUGAAGGAGGCGGGUUGGCCGAUGGGGAUUGCUUUGGUUGGCCGGAUCUUGCUAUUUCCACUCCAGCCAAAGGUGGUCUCAAGUAAUACUUCUGCUGCUAAUUUUUAUUUUUCGUUUUUGUGUUGUCUUAGAAGUUAUUGGUUGGUAGGGAUACUGUCAUGUGUUGUUUCAACGAUGUUGUGAUUGGUAAAAGAGGUGGUAUUCAUAAUUUUAUAUUAAGUGAUUAAGAGAUAUGAUAAUUUGUAAUGGAUAAGUAGUAUCAUCAGGUGCCGCCCCUUGACCAAAGAAUAAUUUUUCUUUCUGUGAACGUUGUCACUGUUUUUGUCGGUCAUAUACAUAUCUAAAUAUCAUAUUAUUGUUAAUACAUAUUAGGGUUCGAA